GGGCGGUGGAAUCGCCGACUCCGUUUGCGUGCUUGGGGAUUAGCGCCGCCCCUUGGAACCCCUAAGUGCCUCUAAGCAUACACAGAAUGCCGUUUCUCAAAAAGGCAGCGGGUUCGCCGCUCUUUUAUUGGCCUAAGAUUUAAAUCCGAGGCAUCUGCUUUUUUUUUUGCAAAGCAGUUAAAUUAUUUUGGUCCCGUGAGUAUCUCAUGUACAACCACUCCGGACUUGAACACAGGACUGGAGCUUUUAAGGCUGCGCUUUUAACUCCUGUACCGAAAUCCUUAACUUCGUUUGACACGUCCUCACGGUUAACAUUUGGAGAUUUUGGGGCUUUCAUCAUGACUUCCAUCUCUUGAAAAAUCACUGGAAUCAAAACCAUCUUUAUAUACUGCUUUUAAUUCCCCCAGUGGAAAGGUCUUUUAAAAAACCUUCUUGCCCUUUCUUGCAAUAUCUUGGAGGCAUAAUAGCAUAGUAUUAUUAAAACCUAACCAAACCAUGGAAGAAGCCAGCACUGUGGAGGAAGGGGAAGUGACCUCAGGGAUGCAAUCCUUGGCAGUAGAAGAUGGGCCUGGUCCGGAUUUAGCUUCUGCCACUGAGGAACAAGAUGACGCUGCCAGAGAAACUGAGGGGGAAUUAUCAGGCAAGGGAGAAGAAUCUGCUGAAGAGGAUUGGUGCGUCCCCUGCAGUGAUGAGGAGCUGGAUUCUCCAGAUAACUGGAUGCCUGAACCCAAGGAGAUCCGUCGUUUAUAUGAGCUCAUUGCUGAGCAUGGGACUCUGGAGAUUCAGGCCGAAAUCCUCCCUCGGCGCAACCCAACCCCAGAGCCUGACAGUGAAGAUGAGGAUAAAUCUGAUGGACAAUCUGAACACCAAGAAGAAGAAGAGGAGGAGAAGCCUCAUGUGCCUACUGAAUUCGACUUUGAUGAUGAGCCUGCCACUCCCAAAAGCUCCUUGAUUGAUCGACGGAGAACUCCUGGCACGGUAGCUAAGAGUCAGAAAAGAGAAGCUCGCCUGGACAAGGUGCUGUCAGACAUGAAGCGCCACAAAGUGCUGGAGGAGCAAAUUAUGAAGACCGGCUGUGACCUCUUCGACCUUGAUUCAGAUGAUGUACCCACUCCAAAACGGCCCUCUGGUCUCUUCCUUCGUCAGCGCAAAUACUAACAAUAAUGAAGAAGAUAAGCCGAGAGAGGAGGAUGGAAUGGAACUAUGGGUGCAGAUACAAGGGGAAGGAACUCCUGCCUUACCCCAUUAGUACCCUGGGCUUAGACUCUGAUCCCAUACGGGUUGCUGGAGGUGCUUGCUUUCAUGUUUCUGGGUGUAAUAAAACUCUGUGAGUUUGCUUUUAAUUUAA